GUGAACAUUUUCCGUAGUCAGCAUCAAGGCUGACUUUUAUUUAGUCAGUGGAUCGAUGUGUUUAAUACUGGAAUAAAGUCACAUGACAAGAAAAAAUACGUAUUUUUUGUUAAAAACUGCGUAAAAAUAUAUUAUUACUGAAAUUUCAAUGCAAUUUAUUAAUGAAUUAUGAGAGAAAAUAUCAAUUAUUUGGAAAGGUAACAAUAUCAAUGUCCAUUUUAAGACUACUCAACUACGUGACUUCGGCGUGCAUAUCCUGAGCUGCGGACGUCAAAAAUGGCAUUCAAGACAGCGGUAAAAUCCUCUUUUCUGCAAUCAUGUGUAUCCAAAAACGUCAGAUUUUUCGGAUCCACAGCAGCUGCAAAGUCGAGUUGGUGGGAUGGAGUUGAAAUGGGACCCCCGGAUCCAAUCCUUGGAGUCUCAGAGGCAUUUAAGCGAGAUACCAAUCCAAAUAAAAUCAACCUUGGUGUUGGUGCAUAUCGUGAUGAUGAAGGAAAACCAUUUAUUCUACAGUCAGUCAAACAGGCUGAAGAGAAAGUGAGGGCUAUGAAUCUAGACAAGGAGUACCUGCCAAUCACUGGCUUAGCGGACUUUGCUAAAGGAGCAGCCAAACUUGCCUUUGGCCAAGAUAAUCCAUUGUUGGCAGAAGGCAGAAAUGUGACCGUGCAGACCAUCUCUGGGACAGGAUCACUUCGAGUAGGGGCAAAUUUCCUGAGGAAGUUUUUUCCCGGUAAUCAGGUUGUGUAUCUGCCAUCUCCAUCAUGGGGUAACCACACACCCAUCUUCAAGCAUGCUGGUUUAGAUGUAGCAAGUUACCGGUAUUAUGAUAAGGCAACGUGUGGAUUUGAUGCUGCUGGUGCCAUGGAAGAUAUAUCAAAAAUCCCAGAGAACUCCAUCGUCCUGUUCCAUGCCUGUGCACAUAAUCCUACCGGUGUUGAUCCUAGGCAAGAACAAUGGAAGGAGCUAUCCCAGAUUGUUAAGGAUAGGAAACUCUUUCCUUUCUUUGACAUGGCCUAUCAAGGUUUUGCUUCAGGUAGUCUUGACACAGAUGCUUGGCCGGUACGGUACUUCAUGGACGAAGGUCACUCCCUAGUCCUGUCUCAAUCAUUUGCCAAGAACAUGGGCCUCUAUGGUGAGCGUGUUGGAGGCUUUACCGUACUCUGUUCAUCAGCGGAGGAAGCCAAGAGAGUAGAAUCCCAAAUCAAGAUCUUGAUCAGACCAAUGUAUUCUAAUCCACCUCUCAACGGUGCUAGGAUUGCGUCAACUAUUCUCAAUACACCAGAUCUAUAUGAUUUGUGGUUGGGUGAGCUGCGCCUGAUGUCUGGACGAAUCAUCUCAAUGAGGGAGCAACUUGUUGCCAAUUUAAAGAAGGAAGGAUCAACGAAAAAUUGGCAACACAUCACAGAUCAGAUUGGCAUGUUCUGUUUUACUGGUCUCAAACCAGAUCAGGUUGAAAGAAUGACGAAGGAAUUUUCAAUCUAUCUGACGAAGGAUGGCCGAAUCUCGGUGGCAGGCGUAUCGUCCAAGAACAAUGCAUACCUCGCACAGGCAAUGCAUGCAGUCACCAAGUAAUCAUCAACGUUCUUUGGAUUCAUAAGACCUUAGUAUGCUACCUUGACAAUAUUCAGGAAUGCCUCUUUCUAGCAGGUAACCGGCAUACAGCUUUUCAUACCAAUCCUGACAUAUCUCACAUUCAAAAUACAUGCGAAUGCAGGAAGGCUGCUAUGAAUUAAGGCACAUACUGCAUUUGUUGGGGGUUUCCUGCCGGAAGAUGGGCCUCUGAAUGUAGCCAAGGUGCCUAAGCCAAACUGUCACUCAUAGAUCAGGGUCACCUUUCAUAAGUACUUGUUAUUAUGAUAGCAAAUGCACAUUUCUAUAGCAAGUGUACUGUCAGCCAAUCAUAUUUGAAUGAUUUCAGUAGCUUUAAACUGUUAUUGCAAAUUUGUUAAUUUAACAAGUUUUAUGAAACGGGGCCCCCAGAAUGGUAAAGUUUUAUGAAUGCUAGCCAUAUUGAUAAGUCCAUGUAUAGUUGUUGCAUAUGCUGUCCGACUUGACACUGUCGACUCUGCUGUGAUCAUUGAAAUACCUUUCACUUGGACAAUUUUGAUGUACUUGACAUGCCAAAUGUAUUUCAUGAUAGAUAAAGGUCUUGUGCAUUCCUUAGAAUUCUGCACAGUGUAUGCCUAUGUGGGAUCACUCAUAACUGGUUAACUGAUUUUUUACCCAGUUUUGAAGAAAUACAUUACUAGUAUUUGGCCAUUUCUUUUUGGACAAUCAUGCAAAUUAUGUACUCAUAUUCUGAUACAGGAUUGACAAAAGUAAAGUACGAAGAGUGAGAAAUCACAUCGACCACUUUCAUUUUCCUUAGAAAUGCUAUGGGGUGUUUGCAACAGCUAUACAUGAUCACAUUUAUUGUUUUGUGUGAUGUUAUGAAUAGUGAAAAUUUUUACAGAUGAAAUACACUCUGUUCCUUCAAGGAAUGCUCCAUGUCCCCAAAGUUAGUUAAAUAACUACCUGUUGUAAUAAAUGUUUUAAAAUUUAAAUAUGACAUUUGCCUAAAAGGAAGAUAAUAUUUUUUAUAUCAUCCCUUGAAUUAUUAUUUCAAGGUUUUUUUUUCCUUUUUUUUCUGAGGUCCACAUGAUUUUUUUUCGCUUUCUAUUAAUUAAAUUUAAGAAAUGUGAAAGCCAUGUUAAAAACAUGUAAACAAGUAAAUGAGUAUUUUGUAAUGAAAUUUAAAUGCACAAGCACAAUAUAAUUGGGCAUUUAGACAUAUUGCCAUUUGUGAUUAUUACAGUAGGUAAUUGAAAAUAAUGUAAUUGAUGAGAAUAUGAUAGUAAUCAUGAUGUUUUAUUAAUCAAGGUCAUCUUCAGUAUUCUCUUCUCUUCCAUCCUCAUGAAGACUUGUACCGUCUUACUUUGACUGUAGGAAGCAACCGACAUCCAAACUUUACUUUUAAAUGUGUUUACAUUUUACAAAUUAGUUUCUCCUUCAAGGCAUAAUUUAAUAGAAAACACUUAUGCUGCAAUGAGAUAUGACAGUUUAUAACCAUCAUGCUGAUGCACUGGUGUCUGUGUAAAUGACAGACUCAUUUUGCUCUUUAAAUGAUAUUACACGUUUGUGACUUGCUUCCUGUAGUCAAAGUAGAUCAGAAUAUAUUUCAGCUGUUGUAUAAAUGCAUGAUCUCCAUGAAACAGGCGCUCUACGGAACCGAGCAUUGGAUGCUACUCUUUGUUGGGGAUGCGCUUCGACAUUGAGAUGAAUUUAUGUAGUGAUAGAUGAGAAUAUACGUUCUGAUUUGGAAUCUGAAGUAUGUAUUAACAGCAAAAUGAAAUAGAGUGAGUUAAAUCCUGUAUUGAAGUUGUGAGUUGAUAUCAGUUGUUUUUUAAUUGACCAAAUGGCCUCCCAAUUGAAAAUAUGGGAGACAGCUGGCAACUGUAUCACUAUGUGCACAUUGUUGAAAAAAAUAUAUGUUUGGUUGUUACUUGUUAGAGCAGGAAGCACCUUAAAUUUGAUAUCAUUUGUUUUCCAUUUCAUGAAAGGUGGUUUGAUAAUAUAAAUGGGUCAGAAUUGCCCUCAUGAAUCCACUCAUAUUUUUAACCCUUGAAAACUUUACUGGAAUGUACGUUUUUGGUUACUAGUAUUUUUUACAGAGUACAAGCCUUAUGCAUAUUUAUGAUAAAAAUGAAAUACAGUUAUAUACUGGCAGUGAAUGAAACGUUGAUAAUGAAAUUUUCCUUUGUACUUUCACACAAUGCUGAACCCCUAACGCCAUUGGUGGCAGGAACAUUUUUUUUGUGUGCUUUAUUGUUUGUUUGUUUAUUAUUCAAGUUCUGUUAACAAGAUCAUGAAUACAGAAUUGAUUUGUUCUAAGUACUCUACAACAUAUUAAUGAAAUGCUGCAAUCCUGACUUACAACGAUCGACAAGUGUUCAAAUUGUUUUUAAAAAUACUUUAGUAAGACCGCCGUUUAGAAUCGUCAGUCUCUUGGUCAUGAUCCAAAGCAAUGGAUUAUGAGUGAAGUUCUUGGACAUGUGAUGAUAACUUGUGUAUUCAGCUUUUACUGACUAAGAGUUUAAAAGCUGAUGUAUUAUGUAGUGUGGAUUAAUAGCAGAUUUUAAUGUUUAUAUGAAAGAACUUAAAAAGGAUUUGUUUGUGGUUUCUUCCAAGAAGGAAUUGAAUAUUGAGAGCAUUAAACAAGCCUCGAUAUAGAUUAUA